AUGGCCGAGCAAGGCGGUGCCUCGAAUGACGUGGAACGGGCAGUUCAAGCACCGGGAUCUCAGGGUCGACUUUCUACCUCCGAAGGACGCGCGUCUAGGCGUAUAUCCCGAGUUUCUUACAAGGAAGACUGGGCCAAUCUUGACGAAUAUGGCAAGCUUGUCAAGUACGCAUCGACCUACCGCGAAGACGGCCGAGGCGAUGAAACACAGGGAGAGGAAGAGGUGAGAAGAGUCUGGUAUGCUCCCUGGAAGAAACGCAAGGUCCUUGUUCGACAUGUGGGCCAAGACGAUGGCCAGUUCCCGGACGACUGGCUUCUCACCGACAUCCAUCAAGGUCUGUCCAGCGAUGAGGUUGGAAAUAGGCGUCGUAGAGCGGGAUGGAACGAGCUGGUGUCGGAGAAGGAGAACCCCAUCGCCAAGGUCUUGUCAUACUUUAGGGGCCCUAUCUUGUAUGUUAUGGAGCUGGCCGUCCUUCUUGCAGCAGGUCUCGAUGAUUGGGUCGAUUUCGGUGUCAUCAUUGGUAUCCUGUGUCUGAACGCGGCUGUCGGUUGGUACCAAGAGAAACAAGCCGCCGAUGUUGUCGCCAGCCUCAAGGGAGAUAUUGCAAUGAGGACAACGGUCGUCCGUGAUGGCCAGGAACAGGAGAUUCUGGCCCGUGAGCUCGUGCCCGGUGAUGUGAUCAUAAUUGGCGACGGCCAAGUUGUGCCCGCUGAUGCACGGAUCAUUUGCGAUGUGAAAGAUCCAAACGGAUGGGAAGAAUUCAAGAUAAUGCAAAAUCAGGGUGACCUGAGCAGCACGUCCGAAUCCGACAUUGAAGAAGCUGAAGGAGAAAAGGACAAGGAAAAGGAAAAGAAUAAAGAAGGUGAUGAGGAAACGCCACAGAAGCCCAAGAGACGAGGUUAUCCUAUCCUAGCCUGUGAUCAUUCGGCUAUCACCGGAGAGUCUCUGGCAGUUGAUCGUUAUAUGGGUGAAAUGAUCUAUUACACGACAGGGUGUAAGCGUGGCAAAGCAUAUGCCGUUGUACAAACUUCUGCAAAGCUCUCGUUCGUGGGUAGAACAGCGACCAUGGUGCAGGCGGCCCAAGGUGCAGGUCAUUUCGAAAAGGUCAUGGAUAACAUCGGUACCUCGCUUCUCAUCCUCGUCAUGGCGUGGAUCCUGGCUGCAUGGAUUGGCGGUUUCUUCCGGCAUAUCCCAAUUGCUUCCCCUCGCCAGCAAACGCUUCUCCACUACACUCUGGCUUUGUUGAUUGUCGGCGUCCCUGUCGGCCUUCCCGUCGUUACAACAACUACCAUGGCUGUAGGGGCAGCAUACCUUGCAAAGAAAAAGGCUAUUGUGCAGAAGCUUACUGCAAUUGAGUCGCUCGCGGGUGUUGAUGUCUUGUGUUCCGAUAAAACCGGCACCCUUACAGCAAAUAAGCUGAGCAUUCGAAACCCAUAUGUGGCUGAAGGUGUGGAUGUCGACUGGAUGUUUGCCGUGGCAGUUUUAGCGUCAUCCCACAACAUCGAUUCGCUAGACCCGAUUGACAAGGUUACUAUUCUGACCCUCAGGCAGUACCCCAAGGCACGGGAGAUCCUGCGCAGAGGGUGGAAGACAGAGAAAUUCCAGCCAUUUGACCCGGUUUCGAAGCGUAUUGUGACGAUUGCCAGUUGUAAUGGAAUCAGAUAUACUUGCACCAAGGGCGCACCCAAGGCAGUGCUUCAGUUGACAAACUGUUCUAAACAGACCGCCGAUUUGUACAAAGCCAAAGCGCAGGAAUUUGCACACAGAGGCUUCCGUUCUCUGGGAGUUGCUGUCCAGAAAGAAGGAGAAGAAUGGACCCUCCUCGGCAUGCUACCGAUGUUUGAUCCACCCCGAGAGGACACGGCGCAAACAAUCCAUGAGGCGCAGAAUUUGGGCAUCAGCGUCAAAAUGCUUACAGGUGACGCAUUAGCCAUCGCUAAGGAGACUUGCAAGAUGCUCGCCCUCGGAACCAAAGUAUACAAUUCCGAUAAACUCAUUCAUGGAGGGCUUAGCGGCGCAAUGGCAGGAGACUUGGUCGAAAAAGCAGAUGGUUUUGCAGAGGUGUUCCCUGAACACAAAUAUCAAGUUGUUCAGAUGCUUCAGGACCGAGGCCAUCUCACCGCGAUGACUGGUGACGGUGUUAAUGAUGCACCUUCGUUGAAGAAAUCCGACUGUGGUAUUGCAGUAGAAGGAGCUACGGAGGCAGCACAAUCGGCUUCGGACAUUGUCUUCUUGGAGCCAGGCCUGUCAACGAUUAUUGAUUCGAUUAAAGUUGCGCGACAAAUAUUCCAUCGCAUGAAAGCAUACAUCCAAUAUCGUAUUGCUCUCUGCUUGCAUUUAGAGAUCUACCUGGUCACGACGAUGAUCAUUCUCAACGAGAGUAUUCGUGUCGAGUUGGUGGUCUUCCUUGCUCUGUUUGCUGACCUUGCCACUGUUGCAGUCGCUUAUGAUAAUGCAUCGUUUGAGCUGCGGCCUGUGCAAUGGCAACUUCCGAAGAUCUGGUUUAUUUCAUGCCUGUUGGGCCUUUUGCUUGCCCUGGGAACUUGGGUAGUUCGCGGCACUAUGUUCCUCCCAUCGGGUGGUAUCAUUCAGAACUGGGGCUCGAUCCAAGAAGUGAUUUUCCUCGAAGUUGCUCUCACGGAAAACUGGCUUAUCUUCAUUACGCGUGGCGCCGACACAUGGCCUUCAAUCCAUCUAGUUACCGCCAUUCUGGGAGUGGAUGUUUUGGCGACCAUUUUCUGCUUGUUUGGUUGGUUCACUAACGAAAAUAUGCCCACCAGGCCCGCCGACAAAUUCGUUGAAACAACUAAUGGCUGGACUGAUAUUGUCACGGUGGUCAGGAUCUGGGGUUACUCUCUGGGCGUGACCAUUGUUAUUGCAUUGGUAUAUUUCAUGCUCAAUAAGUUCAAAUGGCUUGAUGACCUGGGUCGAGAAAGGCGCGACAAGGGCGACCUUAAAAUUGAAAAUCUGCUUGGUCAUCUUGCUCGCUUGACCGUUGAGUAUGAGAGGCCUGGACAGCCGCCAGCUCGGUUUUACUUGGCUGCUCCUAAGGAGGAAGAGGAGGUUGAGUAA